GAGGAGAGGAGAGGAGAGGAGAGGAGAGGAGGAAGGCUAUUGAUGUAGUAGUCUCUGCAUCACAGACAUCUGCCCAGCAAUCUGGGGGAGUUUCCACACUAUGUGGAAAUCCUGCGCGAGGUAUAAUUGACAUUCAACCUCCUGUAAGGGAGGGAAGUCUGUUCUUCAUUCCCAGUGUUACCUCCACCGAGUCUGCUGGUGGACUCCCUGGCUCCUGUGUGCCCAGGCCAAUGAAAAUCUGAUUCAGAUUCUGCUUGUGCUUGGAGCAGUGCCCUCUGUCCUCUCUGGCUUUGUCCACCCAGCCUUCCUUUGUGGAUGGAGAUGAGAAGGAGUAUGUUUAAAGCCCAGGACAGCCUCUCAGCUGGGAAGAACUUGGUGCCGGGUGGGAUGGGUUGAACAAUUUGUGUGAAGAGUGGAUCUUGAUGAGCUGUGAUUGGUGCCCACGGCCUGCGAGAGGAACCCGAGUUUGUGACUGCUCGAGCCGGCGAAGGUGUGGUUCUGCGAUGCGACGUAAUCCACCCAGUGACAGGACAGCCCCCACCCUAUGUUGUAGAGUGGUUCAAGUUUGGGGUCCCCAUCCCUAUCUUCAUCAAGUUUGGCUACUAUCCCCCACAUGUGGACCCUGAGUAUGCAGGCCGGGCCAGUCUUCAUGAUAAAGCAUCUCUGCGGCUGGAGCAGGUGCGCUCUGAGGACCAGGGUUGGUACGAGUGCAAGGUACUCAUGCUGGACCAGCAGUAUGACACAUUCCACAACGGCAGCUGGGUCCAUCUCACCAUUAACGCCCCUCCCACCUUUACAGAAACACCCCCCCAGUACAUCGAGGCCAAGGAAGGUGGAAGUAUUACCAUGACGUGUACUGCUUUCGGGAACCCUAAGCCCAUCGUCACCUGGCUCAAGGAAGGGACCCUCCUCGGUGCUAGUGCAAAGUAUCAGGUGAGUGACGGUAGCCUAACGGUGACGUCAGUCAGUCGGGAGGACAGAGGCGCCUAUACGUGUCGAGCAUAUAGCAUCCAGGGUGAGGCUGUGCACACAACCCAUCUGCUUGUUCAAGGGCCUCCCUUCAUUGUUUCCCCUCCUGAGAACAUCACCGUCAACAUCUCCCAGGAUGCUCUGCUUACCUGCAGGGCAGAGGCGUAUCCCGGCAACCUCACCUACACCUGGUACUGGCAGGAUGAGAACGUCUACUUCCAGAAUGACCUGAAGCUAAGGGUGCGGAUCCUGAUUGAUGGGACACUGAUCAUCUUCCGAGUGAAGCCAGAGGAUGCUGGGAAGUAUACCUGUGUCCCUAGCAACAGCCUGGGGCGCUCCCCCUCUGCCUCAGCAUACCUGACUGUGCAGUACCCAGCCCGUGUCCUCAACAUGCCCCCUGUAAUUUAUGUGCCCGUGGGAAUCCAUGGCUAUAUCCGCUGUCCUGUGGAUGCAGAGCCACCUGCUACUGUGGUGAAGUGGAAUAAGGAUGGCCGGCCCCUGCAGGUAGAGAAGAACUUGGGUUGGACCUUGAUGGAGGAUGGCUCUAUUCGCAUUGAGGAGGCCACAGAGGAGGCUCUUGGCACUUACACCUGUGUGCCUUACAACACCUUGGGGACUAUGGGCCAGUCUGCCCCUGCACGGCUUGUCCUGAAGGACCCCCCGUACUUCACGGUGCUACCAGGCUGGGAAUACAGGCAGGAGGCUGGCCGGGAGCUGCUCAUUCCCUGUGCAGCUGCAGGGGACCCCUUCCCUGUCAUCACCUGGAGGAAGGUAGGGAAGCCCAGCAGAAGCAAGCACAACGCACUGCCCAGCGGGAGUCUCCAGUUUCGUGCCCUGAGUAAGGAGGACCACGGGGAGUGGGAAUGUGUUGCCACCAAUGUGGUCACAAGCAUCACUGCCAGCACCCACCUCACUGUCAUCGGCACCAGUCCCCAUGCCCCAGGCAGUGUCCGGGUCCAUGUCUCCAUGACAACUGCCAACGUGUCCUGGGAGCCGGGCUAUGAUGGAGGCUACGAGCAGACAUUCUCAGUUUGGUACGGACCUCUGAUGAAGCGGGCUCAGUUUGGGCCCCACGACUGGCUGUCCUUGUCAGUGCCACCGGGCCCCAGCUGGUUGCUGGUAGACAGCCUGGAGCCUGAGACCGCAUACCAGUUCAGUGUCCUGGCCCAGAACAGGCUGGGAACCAGCGCCUUCAGUGAGGUGGUCACUGUGAACACUUUAGCAUUCCCUGUUACAACUCCAGAACCCCUGGUGCUGGUGACCCCACCAAGGUGCCUCACAGCCAACCGGACCCAGCAGGGUGUGCUCCUGUCCUGGCUCCCACCUGCCAACCACAGCUUCCCCAUCGACCGCUAUAUCAUGGAGUUCCGAGUUGGGGAGCGCUGGGAGAUGCUGGAUGACGCCAUUCCAGGCACUGACGGAGAUUUUUUUGCCAAGGAUCUGUCACAGGAUACCUGGUAUGAAUUCCGGGUUUUGGCUGUCAUGCAGGAUCUGAUCAGCGAGCCCAGCAACAUCGCCGGUGUCUCCAGCACAGACAUCUUCCCGCAGCCAGACCUGACCGAUGAUGGGCUGGCCCGGCCAGUGUUGGCUGGGAUAGUGGCCACCAUCUGCUUCCUGGCAGCUGCCAUCCUCUUCAGCACUCUGGCUGCCUGCUUUGUCAACAAGCAGCGCAAGCGCAAACUCAAGCGGAAGAAAGAUCCUCCGCUCUCCAUCACUCACUGUAGGAAGAGUCUUGAGUCUCCCUUGUCCUCUGGCAAGGUGAGUCCCGAGAGCAUCCGCACACUCCGAGCCCCGUCUGAAUCCUCUGACGACCAGGGCCAGCCUGCGGCCAAGAGGAUGCUGAGCCCUACAAGGGAAAAAGAGCUGUCCCUAUACAAAAAAACCAAGAGGGCUAUCAGCAGCAGGAAGUAUAGUGUGGCCAAGGCUGAGGCCGAAGCUGAGGCUACCACACCCAUUGAACUGAUCAGUAGAGGCCCGGAUGGCCGCUUUGUCAUGGGCCCAUCGGAGAUGGAGCCCUCUGUGAAGGGUCGGCGAAUCGAGGGCUUCCCCUUCGCUGAGGAGACGGACAUGUACCCUGAGUUCCGGCAGUCAGAUGAGGAGAAUGAAGACCCACUGGUGCCCACGUCUGUGGCUGCUCUGAAGCCUCAGCUGACCCCAAUGUCUUCCAGCCAGGACUCUUACCUGCCACCACCAGCAUACAGUCCUCGGUUCCAGCCUCGUGGGCUCGAGGGCCCGAGCGGACUGGGAGGACGACUCCAGGCUACUGGCCAAGCGAGGCCUCCUGCCCCUCGGCCCUUCCAGCACGGCCAGUAUUAUGGGUACCUCAGCAGCAGCAGCCCUGGGGAAGUGGAGCCUCCACCCUUCUAUAUGCCAGAAGUGGGCAGCCCCUUGAGCUCUGUCAUGUCGUCCCCACCCCUGCACACCGAGGGGCCUUUUGGCCACCCCACCAUCCCUGAGGAAAACGGAGAGAAUGCUUCUAACAGCACUUUACCCUUGACUCAGACACCUACAGGAGGGCGCUCCCCUGAGCCCUGGGGCCGGCCAGAAUUUCCCUUUGGGGGACUGGAGACCCCAGCUAUGAUGUUCCCCCACCAGCUGCACCCCUGUGAUGUGGCCGAGAGUUUGCAGCCCAAGGCCUGCCUGCCCCGAGGACUGCCCCCAGCCCCUCUCCAGGUGCCUGCUGCCUAUCCGGGCAUGCUAUCUCUGGAGGCACCAAAGGGCUGGGUAGGCAAGUCACCUGGCAGGGGUCCCAUCCCGGCGCCCCCUGCCACCAAGUGGCAGGAAAGACCUAUGCAACCUCUGGUCAGCCAAGGGCAGCUAAGACAUACCAGCCAAGGUAUGGGGAUACCGGUGUUGCCUUACCCGGAGCCAGCCGAGCCCGGGGGGCAUGGUGGCCCCAGCACAUUUGGCCUGGAUACCCGGUGGUAUGAGCCCCAGCCUCGGCCCCGGCCCAGCCCCCGGCAGGCCCGGCGUGCCGAGCCCAGUUUACAUCAAGUGGUGCUACAGCCCUCUCGGCUCUCACCUCUGACCCAAAGCCCCCUUAGUUCCCGCACUGGCUCCCCUGAGCUCGCUGCUCGUGCCCGACCUCGACCAGGCCUCCUGCAGCAGGCAGAGAUGUCAGAGAUCACCCUGCAGCCGCCAGCUGCGGUCAGCUUCUCUCGAAAGUCAACACCAUCAUCCACGGGAUCUCCUUCGCAGAGCAGCCGCAGUGGGAGCCCCAGCUACAGGCCCACAAUGGGCUUCACUACUCUGGCCACGGGCUACCCUUCUCCUCCACCUGGCCCUGCCCCUCCGGCACCAGGGGACACCUUGGAUGUGUUUGGACAGACGCCUUCCCCUCGGAGGAUGGGGGAGGAGCCACUCCGGCCAGAGCCCCCAACAACCUUACCUACUUCAGGAAUACUUCCACCUGCACCCGGGAACGCUGCUGUGCCUGAGAGGCUGGAGGCUCUGAGAUACCAACGGAUAAAGAAGCCCAAAAAGUCAUCCAAGGGCUCUUCGAAGUCAAAGAAACGAUCCGACGGUUCUGCCUCCCAGGCUCAGCAGCUUCCCAGCUCUCAGGUUCUGUGGCCCGACGAAGCUGUCUGCCUCCGCAAGAAGAAGAGACACUCUCGUCCUGAUCCCUUUGCCCGGCUCUCAGACUUGUGCCACCGUCAGCUUCCGGAAGACCAGACAGCAAUCCUCAACAGCGUGGAUCAUGAUGACCCAGGCCACGCUACUCUGCUAUGACGUGACAUCACUCUAAAUGUCCCCAGGGUGGGGUGCUAGGCUAAAGGGGUGGAGAGGGACCAUUGUACAGGGCCCUGUCCUCCUCUGCCUAUCAUGGGAUGGCUCAGGCCCUUGUCCUGUGUGUGUCAUUGUCCCUCGUGCCAGUGGGGACCUCUGCCCCACUAUCUAGCCAGCUAGCUUUGCUCAUGGGACAGAGGACUGGGGGAAGAGCUUAUAACUGUGGGUCAGAGUUGGGAAUAUAUGGGAAUGGAAAACAUCUCUCUCUAUGCCACCUCUCUCUCCCACUUGGCUAGAUUGAUUCUUCUCACCUCUUUAAAUGUCUUAUGAAGUGAGGAAGUGGAAAGCAAUGGCUUUUAGUUCUCUGCAUUUGUUUCAGUUUUCCAAGUCCUGGGAGGGGGUUAGAGUUAUAUCCUGCCCUCCUAACUCCACAUAUAUAUAGAUAUAGAUACAAAUGCACUUGUGUGUAGUUGGUGGGUUUCUCUAUGUGUAUAUAUAUGUACAUUGAAGCUAAGUGCUUUUCUCCCUGUGGUCAGUGAGGGACUGAGGAAGAUACUCAACAGCGGGCAUGGUGAGUAGGGCCUGCUACGAACUGGGGGUUGUCUUCAUGUCUGUCUUGGGAGAUCACUCCGGCUAAAACAGGAUUCAUGCUUCCCAGCUGAGUUCUCCAUUGUUCUAUCUAUCCUCUCCCAUCUGGAGCAGAAAUGGGGUCCCACCAUGAUUCUUAGCUCCCUGCUUGAUGGGCUAGCAACAAGUUAACAUCUGAACUAAACAGAGCCUUUUGUUGCCUGGUUGCUAGGUGAAGAAAGCAUGGCCAGGCUUAAGGCCCGACUGACAUCUUUCUUUCUUCUGCAGUUCAGCUCUUCCCACAGAUGUAGUGCUUGUUUAGCGGCGGGGCUGACCGGCAGGCCUCGUGUACAACCCCCUGCUCAUGUGGUCAUGCCUCAGUGUCUUCUGGUGCAGCCAGGGCUAUCAGCCCUGCAACCAAAGGCCCUCCUGUUCUGUAGCCACCUGUGCUGAGCACUAGGCUGCCGCAAGCUCUGUUUAUACCCAUCUCUGCUCGGCAGUCUGCUCCCCCGCUGCCGAUUGGUUCCUCCUUUUCUUUUGUGUCUGCUAAUUCCCCAGAUUGAUUAAUUGCCAUUUGUGGGAGCUGCCUGUGGCUCCUUGGCAUACUCUCUAUGUGCUGCCUGCCAACUCUGCUCUGCCCUGGGGGUCCUUCUCCACCCCCUGGACCCAAUCUCUAGUGCAUGAGAUGAAGAAAUGGGGGUGCCUCAUAUUGUUGAGUUCUGGGGUGCUCCUUCCUCAUUGCUCCUAUGUGAAACUGCCUGAGUGAGGCACAGGGAUGAAGGUGGAAGGGGUGGUGGGCAGGCACCAGGGUCCUAAUCCUUUCUCUGUCCAAAUAUUGUUCUGGUUCAAACUGUUAGCACUCAAAAGUUUUCCUAAUGCCACUUAUAAAUUCAGAUGCUUGUCUGGCUUCUUAAAAGGUUAUGGUGUUACUCAGUAGUAGAAAAGAGGGAGAGUAGGCCCACCUUCUCCUUCCCUCUGGCUUAGCCUAAAGUAGUGGGAACUGCCAGCUUCCUGGAAGUAUCUCUUCUUGGUGCUGCUGUAUCCAUCUCUCUCCAGUGACUGCCUUGGACAGUAGCCAUGCCUACUGGAAGGUUUCUGCUGGUCCCACAGAAACUGCCGGUCCUUUGACCUAGUGACUUUGUUGAUGUCCCAGGGGCUGGGAAACUGUUCCUUUUCAGAGCUUCCAUCUCGGGGGAUUGACUGCAUACGCAGCCAGGCCUUGGUGCUCCCUUCUCUCUCCUUGAGAGCUGGGGAUGGACUCCACACUUGAGGCUUCACCUUGCAAGUCCUAUCACCACAGCUUUCUUCUGGACAUGGCAAAAAGAGGUGCUGAGGGCAGAGCUUCUUUUGCUCUGAGAUUAGGGCCACAUACCUUAGACCCUCCAACUGAUGUGAUUUUCAGAGAUGUUGGAGACCACUGGCCCCUAGACCUCAACUCUGACGAAGCAGAAGGGUUGAGUUGGAAGACUCACGUUCUUUCUCAAAAGCGGCACACUGCUUCUUCCACUGUGACACCAUGGGCUGCUAACUCAGUGUCUCUGGGUCUGCUGGGAACAAGGCUACCUGAAAUACUGGGGCAGUAUUUGGAGAUUAGUACUGGCCUAGCCUAUAGUGUUUGCUUGCUGUCUCACAUCACGUGACUCCUGAACCAUGGAGUGUAAAGGCAGGAUGUCAGGGCCCCUAGAUUUUGUAUUGAACUUGGACAACUAUUCUGAGGACCCUCCUGGGAAUUUUGGCCACUGUCUGGGCUUUGAAGUUACAACUGAGAAGAGGUUGCUGUCAAAGACUGCUUCUUUGGGAUGUUGUAGGGCCAAGAGCCUCAGUCCAUGGCUAGGCUUGCAGGCUGGGCUUGCAGGCUGUGCUAACAAAGGUGCUGACUCCUUUUUUCUCUUCUUGCCUCUGGCAGGGCUCCUUACCUCUGCCUUGCUGACCAAAUCGUGUAAACUGCUUUUGACUGGCCACUGGGUGACAGCUGUGCUCUUGUGUCCCCUGGGCUCAGAAGGGGCACAAGGUCUACCCAUUCCGAAGUGGCCUCUCAUACAGUCUUCUCCUAAGAGGUCUUCCUUCUUGUGACUUUCCUUAGAGGCCAGCAGCAUUCCUGAAAUUCAGGAAACUGUUUCAGCCCUUCCUUUGAUGACUGCAUAGCAAACUGGCAGAUACAGUCCCCAUGGUCAGUGGCUGACCAGGGUGUCAUAGGCGCGAUCUCAAUUGCUAGAUGUGAGCACACGCUUGACAGUCUGUUUAGAAAUGUGUGAUGUUGGGGUGUAUUCACUUCUAGGGACCAAUUACCUUUACACUCUUCCUCUGAACUUAGCAGUGACAACUAUUAAGCUUCCUAGGGCUUUCACCUUUCUUGCUGUGGGGGAAUCAUGUCUUCCAAAUUCUCCCCUUUGGGUCUGGUAGCCUUGCAGAAGUAUCUCAGUUCAAAACCUAUUCCUGUCCUCAGUUUUUUGUUUUUUUUUUUUUUUUUUUUUUUUUUUUUUGGUGUGUGUGUGUGUGUGUAUGCCUUUCCUUCUGCACUGUACCUGGAGAUGCUAUCCCAGUGUUUAAGCCACCAGUCAGGAAGAGCAUAAACUGGCUCUCUAAGGGCCCAGAAAGAUUGCAAUUAUUUGACAGGAAGAGGAUGAAACAUAAGAAGUGAAUCUUGUUUCUUGAAUUGAUGGCUGACCACACAGAUCUAGCUUUCAGAGAGUUCUAUGUGCUCAUGGUUAUGGGUGGCUAUUGAUCCAAUGUCUAGUGCUGGCCCUGUCUAAUGACCAGCCCAUCUCCUUCCCAGUUUUCUUUUCUUCUCUCUUUUUAAACAUUGGAUAUUUUCUUUAUUUACCUUUUAAAUGUUGUCCCCUUUCCCAUUACCCCCUACCCAGAACCCCCCUAUCCCAUCCCUCUUUCCCCUGCUUCUAUGAGAAUAUUCCCCUAUCCCCCACUCCUGCCUCCCUGCCCUUGAACUUCCCUACACUGGAAUAUCGAGCCUUCACAGGACCAAGGGCCUCUCCUUCCAUUGAUGAACUCCUUGGUUGGUGGUUUAGUCCCUGGGAGCUCUGGGGGAUCUGGUUGGUUGAUAUUGUUCUUUCUUUGGGGUUGCAAACCCCUUCGACUCCUUCUGUCCUUUUUCUAACUCCUCCAUUGGGGACCCCAUUGGGGACCCUGUGCCCAGUCUUCUUAGAGGAACUAGGGCAGGAAAGAAGGCUUCUGAGAUUCUUUCUCGGCAGGGAAAGGUGCCUCACACUCAACGCACAGUGUGAGCAAGAUCUAUGCGCUGUCUCCAGGGGCCUGGGUUAUGUAUUUAGGGGAGAUUUCAGCAGGGUAGGUUGGAACAGUUACUUAUUGGCAUUUCUUUCAGUGUGUUCUCUCUUUAUUUUUUUCACAGUGAUCUAACCUAGUUGAGCUUGACCGGAUUUUAUUUGCUCAUUCUUCUGCCCCUUUUAUGCAGAGGAACCUGGGUGAGGUUGGGAUGAGGGACUCUUUUGCUUCCUCCUCCUGGUGAUGUUGGUACCCAUUGGCUUCAGGGGAGGCAUCCCAGAACAUUAGGGCAUCAUAGCUGCUUCUUAGGAUCUAAGUCUGAUACUGAGGCCAUUUCUUCUGACUUUGUUGGAAAAACCCUUUUAAGAAGGCUUGGGGUGGACUGGGAAAAGUAUAGAUAAGUACAUUUUGUUAGUAUAUAGAGAACUCUAGGAAGUGAACAGCUAAUGGUUUGGAUUUGCUUUGUUUGCAUGUAAGAAGUGCUUUGGGGAACUCUGCAGGGACUUAGGGGUGGGGGGAUAGAGUCAAGAGCAGAGAUGUGGGGCAUGGGAGGUGCUGCUGCUCCUGUUUUUCUCUCGGAUCCCGAGCGUUCUCACUCGUGCUCCUUGGCUGGGCCCUUCCCUUUGUGCAAGCUCCAGGCCGUGCUGAUUAUCUCCGUCUCUUUGGGAGCAGGCUCAGGAUGUGGCUUAGCAGUCAUCCUACACUGAAUAUAGUAGUUGAUAGGGCAGGUGGGAUUGAGGAAGAGGAGUUAGACUCAAGGAGUGUGAGACUUAGAAGGAUGGGAGACUGGUCUUCAAAUGCCCAUGGUAGCUCCUUGUCGGUGGAAAGGGAAGGGUUGUUCUCGGGAGCUUGGUCCUUAUUCUUAUGGCUGCUGUAGCAGGCUGUGUCUGAAAGUGCCUAGUGGACACUGGUGCUGAUGGUGGAGAGGAGUUGUGCCUCCAGUCUUGUCAGUUUUCUUCUUGAGCUAUCGAGAAUGCCUUCAUCCUGCAGGCUAACAGUGGCCUUGUGACUAGAGGCUUUGCUUUCAAUUUCUCUUCCUUUGAUAGGUUAAAGAUACCACACUGUAGCUAUGACAGUUAACUAAUUUCAUCUGAAACCAGACACCAUCUAUUGUGUCCUUACUCUGUAGAACUUCCUCUUGGAUCAAGAGGAAAAACUGAAGAUCUCUUUAAGAGAAGUCAAUAAACUGAGAAUCAAAGCCUGGUUGGACUCUAAGAACUCUUCCCACGUCCUGCAACUUGGUGUUUUCGUGGCUGGCUUAUAACCCCUUCACUUUUAAUGCUGAAUCAGCAUGGGUCCAGAGCCUUGUGUUAGGGCCCCUGUCUCUGCUUCCAAAUAAGCUUUCAGAAAAAAUACACUGUCUGCACCAGAUGUUUGGUGUCAUGGAUUGCCAAGAGGAUUGAAGUUGUUUCAUGACCCCAUUUAAAAAAAAAAAAAAACAAAACCAACCCUAAUCAAUUGAGUCUGGUCUAAAGACACUCCUAGAUCAUUGGGAAUUCUUUGUAGAUUUAAAAAAAAAAUGCAUCAAUGCAAAUCUUUUUCAUGACUGGUCAUGUCUUAGGAGGGGGAAGAGUUGGGAUAUCCUAACUGCAAAAUAGUUGGGUACAUCAGCAGCGGGCCAUUGAACCUCUUAGAGGUUCUCCUCUGCAGUGGGUCAACUGAAGCAGUUAGAGAUUCUUAGGCAUGCUGGUGAAGAGUGGUCAGCUUUGCACCACUGGCUAAGGAAUUCAACCAAAGCAGCACAAGCGACUCAGCUUGAAGCCAGGGCCUCCACCAUCUACCUUUCCCAUCCAACUUAACUCCAUGGCAACAUGAAUGAGUAGGCUUGCUGUUCUUUUGGGUCUUAAAGAAAUUUGCCCCACCAAUCCCAUCUCCCACCAACAUUGACUUCCUGGAUCUGUUUUAAGGAAAUGCAGAGCAAACUCUCCCUUCACCCACAUUCAGACCAUCCAGGCUCUCUUUCCUUCUUGCCCCGACUUGUGUGUGGCUCCAGGACCCCUAGCUUGUGCAUGGUUUCCGCUAGGGAGGUGGUUGGGUUAGGGGGAGAAUUGGGGAGGGGAGGGAUUGGACUGGGGAAGGGGAUUUGCAUUUUCAACCUUAAACUACUGAAAGCAUGCUUUGGGGUGACCUCUGGGAUUUUCACAUAAACUAUGGUUAGGGAAAAAUGCCUGUUGCUCCUUAUAUGGGAGGUAGGGACUUGGGGGACUUUUGCCUUCCUUUUGGCUUAGGAAUCUAUUCUAUUUGAGGAGAAUAAGCCUCAUAGUUACCUUGCAAACCCUGGAAGGGAAACUUAUUUAUUCUAUCACCAAGUAUUUAUAUUGCCUACUGAGGACAACUGAGCAGUCUGUCGGGGGCUGACAUUGCCCUGUGUCAGAGAAAUGGAAUAAUCUCACCUGUUUCUCUGCAGGUGUCAGGUUAUCUGCCUGGUCAUGAACCCCCAAGCCAACUGAUUAUUCCAGUGUUCAGAAUUAAGUGUAUUAGAUGGGUGUGAGUAUCUGUGAUGGGUGUGAUGUAUGCAUGUGUGUGCUGUGUGUGCAGUGUGUAUGUAUUGUAUGGGUAUGCUUUGUAUGUGUGUUUGAUGCGAGUGUGGGUGUGAGGGAAUUGUAGAGACACCACUUUGCCUGGGUAGCAUCAGGCCUAGUUAUGGCUGACUCUUUCUUUGCUAGACAAACUUCUGCUUUGGCAGGAGGCUCAUACUCAUAAUAUACCACCUUGAGUGUAUUUUUAUGGAGAUUGUAUAUAAAAUUAUAUAAAUAUAUAUAACUUGUUCUAUUUUAAGGCAAAAGGAGACUUACUGGGGAGGGGGCAAGACUCAGAUGCAAUAGUGCUGGCUAACCGUGGGAGCUUCAGGUAAGUUGUCCACAUGGGGAGUGGGGGGGGGGUGAUGUAAGCAGGGAGUGGGGCUCGUGCCCGCUGCACAUAUAUAUAAAUAUAAAGAAAACUUAUAUAGAGCUAUCUAUCUAGCAUAUCUAUAUAUCUAUAUAUCUAUAUGAUGUCAUAGUUUGCUUUAUUUUUGUACCUGUGCUUAGAGACACUUUGAGCAGUAUCGCCUCCCCCAGGUGGUCCGGGGUGCUAGCUCAUGCCUUGAUCCCACUGAUAUUUCUCCAUCCUCCUCAAGACAGACUGUGUUGGAAGCUGCUUGAGUCUUUCUGGUAGAUAUGUGUAUAUAUGAACAAAAACAAAAACAAAAAAACCACAAAAAAACAACAAAAAACAAAAAAACAAAACUAAAGUCAUUUAUAGAAAGGACAGGCAAGCCGAAGGCGCCAAGCUGCUGGAUCUGCAUGUCUCCUGUCAGGGGGGUUCCCUAACUCCUGCUGUCUGGUAGAUGUGCUCAGUGUAGAAAGGACGAUGGAGAGCUUAGCAUGAAUCCAUACCCCUCUGGCUAAGGGUUGGUACUCAGUUCUUUGGAAACGAUUUAGCUCGGCAUCUUGGACAGAGGGAGCUCAGAUUCUCUAGGUCGUCUGGUAACACCUGUCCUGCUUUGUAGCACCUGGGCUCAAGCAGCCCCCGUGUGAGGUGGUAGGAAGGUUUUUGAAGCUGACUGCGUGGGUUCAGUCUUGGAGAAGAUACACCCUGGUAAUUACUGCUGCAGAGUCUUGGAACCAGCAUGAAUGUGAUAUCUAGUAUAAAUAUAGCAUCUGUGCUUUUUCAUUUAUUUUUAAUUGGAAAAUAAACUGUUGUCGGAAAUGGGGCAGUCUAGUCCCAGAACACUGAGCGGAAGAUCAGGAAAGGGGCACUGACACCGGUUAGGAUGUGAGGGAUAGGUCCUACUGCUGGCUGCUUGGCCCGGGACUCUGAAGUUAACAAAUGUAUUGGAAGAAGGUGGUUUGGAUGGAGAUUCCGGGAGUUCACUUGCGUUUGGGAAGGAAACUGUGUGCUCUGAAGAAUACCUCUUUAAGAAUUCAAGACCUCACAUAUGCUGCGAGGGCCCCAUGCCCUGCAGCCUUAGCUGGCGUCUCCUGGUGCUAGCUCUUUCUUCUCAUGUGCCAAGUGAUCAGAGUGGUGUCCUUGAAGCUGAUGCAAAGCCAGGGGAGACUCAAGGCUGAAGUCUCUCCAGUCUUCCUGCUUCUCACUUAAGAAAAGGCAAAAGUGCCCCCCCCCACACCAAUCUGUCCAAACAAAACAUGAUGCUAGCCAAGAGCUCUUAUUUCAGAUGCCUCAACUGUGGGAAGGGCUUUUAUGUUUUUGUUUUUGUUUUUGUUUUUUUCUGGUGGGGGAGGGGAGUGAAAGGCAGAGUAGGCUGGAGAGGAGCUUGAGUCUAACUCCUGACCCUUAAGGAGACCUUAUGAUUCCUUUGAUGAUCUUUUCAAAAUAUUAAAAAAAUGUCCAAGGGUAUUGUGAGAAAAUGGGUUCUCCUGUGGUCCAUGUCGGACUGGAUGGGCUCCAGCACCUGCUCUAACUUAGGAGGCCGAGGGAGGAUAGCAGGUGUUUCUUGUAGAUUUCCUGAGAGAUUGGGCAAGAGGAAGAACAGCAAAUUCUUUGUCCCUUUCUAGCUUGAGUCCCCUCCUCACUUACCAAAGAGGGGAUUGGGAUUCCAUUGUUUGUUUUUUGUUGUUGUUGUUUUUGUUUUUUGCCUCACUUUUGGUCAUAAGCUAUCAGCAGAGCAGAUCAUGUUAGCAUCUCAGGGCUCAUAGCUCAUACUCCAUGAAGCCCAGGUUUGCUCUGACUCUACUCUUUCCCCGUUGAGCUAAAGGCUUGGUCCUUAGAAACCUCAGCAGCAUCAAGGAACAUGAGAUUGCCCUCCUAUUUCAUGAUGUCCAAUUGGAUUCCUCUCUGGAAACGGGAAGAUGGACAUGUCCUUCACCUUGAAGUUUUAGGGCUUGAGGAAUGUGCCACUAUUACUCUGUCUAUGACCUCAGUCAGACGGUGCAAAGUGUGCACUGGAGGAGAAGGGAGUCGGGGCUCAGUAUCCAUCACCUAGUCUAUAGAAGAGCCAGCUUUCCAUGAUGGAACGCAGAGCUAAGGAGGCCAGGAUCUGACUAUGUAUGGAAAGAGCAAGCUAGCUGAACGUUGAGUCUCUUAGUUAAUGGGACUGGUGUUAAUGGGAAGGCUGCUCUGAGAAAGCUACUGCCAGGAUCCUGAACUGUUUCCAAUACUUGUGAUUCACCUUGGUCCCUAGGUCAUGGGAGAUUUGUUGACUUGUGAUGCUCUUUCUUCUUGGUAGGAGAUAGGGGAAAUCUAAGGAGACUUAGUUUGGCUACCUCUGUCUGUUAUAUGGAAUGAACGUGGAAACAGAUGUGGAAAUUGUUCUCCUAAGGGUUGAUGCAGCUCUGUCCUUUCCCCAUUGUCCUUAACCAGGAGACUUGGGGAAAGGGACACCUCUACCACUCAUCAGUUGCUUGGGCCUCACCUUAUGCUGUAGGUACUAACUAUGUGGAGCCAUUUGGACAAUACAAAAGCAUGGGGGGAGGGGCAGGACACAGCUGUGGAUCAUGAUGUUAGAGUAGGGGGGUUUGUUCUGUAGUCAAGAAAGUGACUGAAAGGAGUUGCUGUAUGGAAUGACCUUGAUGCCAGAACUCAAGACUGAGCUCUCACAAAAGGAGCAGCUGACCAUUGAGCGCUGUAUGCACUGUCAGACAGUCUUACAGCUCCAUUCAGAUUUAAUUUUCUAACUGCCAUUUGUGGGGUCGGAGACUGAGGGCAGGAAUGGGACAUGCUUUCCCAAGUUACCUGUCCUUAUACAAUCCUUGACUGAGCAGAGGGUGCCCUGCUUUGGUCAGCAACUCUGGGGCCCCCUUCAUCGCCGCCUCUUCUCUCUUUCAUGAGGAGGAACUGUAUCAUCUUGGACACAGUUCUUCCCUCGUGCAGUUAAAGGCAGUUUUUGUUGUAUGAAUUCUUUCCCUCCUGUGUCCCAUUAGUGUGUAGACACACGGCAGUGGGGAGGUGAAGGAUCCUGGUGCUCCCUGUCAGGCUCCCUCACAGACUGCACACCUCUUGCCCCUGACAGCCUCCUGGCUGUUAGUCUUAACAUAUCUGGACGUGACUAUCAAUAUCGUCAUGAGAUUUCUUGCUCUCAUUUCAGACCUUUAUUCUUCCUUUGGCUUUCGUUGGGGGCUCUUCCUCCCCCAUGCCUAGUCUUCUCAUGAAGAUGGUUCAAACCUCAUUUCUAUUUCUUGAAUGUUGAGUAUUACAUCACAGCGCUAGGGUGCUUCAUGGUGCUGCUCCUGAAGAGGCCAGCUGGACGGGAUCAGUCCGCUUCGUCCCACUGGUUCCUUAGAGCUUGCUGUAUCUUGUCCCUAUUAGAUGUUUUUCCUUGUGGGUUGGGGUGGGAGAGUUAGGGGUAGUUUUUGUGUUCUCUCUCUCUCUCUCUCUCUCUCUCUCCCCUUUCUCUCUCCCUUCCUCUUUCUCUCUAUAUGUAUGUAUGUAUGGAUUGGUUAAAGUCAGUUAUCAUGGGCAGCUGACUUUGACUCCAAAUUAAAGUUAAACUACACAUUGUACAGCUGCACACAGAACACCUUUGAGUGUGAAUUUGGAUGGCAACUAGAGGCAUACUUUUUGAACUUCAGGUAUGUAACUGAAAAGUAAAUAAAAACACUAUUUUUUCAGUAACCUUUUUUUUUCCUUCUAAAAGAUAACUUAAAAAUCAAACUAUACGAACAUUAAAUUGGUGCUGUACCAAAGCCUUAUGACAUAUUCCACACUCCGUAUAUCCUGUCUCCCGGGAGCUCUCUGCUUAUUACUCUUUUCAAAAGCCUGGGAAUGCCAGUGAGCGUCAAGCCUGGGUCUGGGUGCUGGGGACCCGUGGGCCAAGGGGACUCGUGGGAGCAGAAGAUGAUGGUGGAGGUGGGGGUACCCAUCUUCUGCCUGAGCAGAUACUGAAGGGAAAGCAGGUGUUGGUGUGUGUGGCAUGCAUGUGUGUGUGCGCGCGCGCAUGCGUGCGCACGUGUGCAUGAGCUCACCUGUGCAUAGUGCCGAGGAGCAUGCUAUGCUACCUGGGCACUGAAAGGGAGACCCAGGUUGGCCUGGGUGUGGGUUGGCUGUGGGAGUGAGGGGCACGCCCCUUCCCUUUUCCAUUUCCCCUUUCUUGUAGGUUAGUAAUGGAGGUGUAUCAGAAACAGCUACACUCUCAAACAGGUGCUUUUCCCCCUUCAGAAAUCUCCAAACUAAGUAUCUCUCUGUGAAGGGCCUGUCCAUGGGGCAGGCACCUCAGCUACCAAAUCCUAACCGCCUACGGCUGAGAGGAACCCUUUUCCUCUCUAGCCCUUGCCUAGUUUUUUGGGGACAAAGGUUCCUCCAGGGAUCUCUGCGUCCCCUGUUCCUUGGCCUGGGUGGGCUUCUUAGCCCAUUGAGAAGGCCUCACUGUGGCUGACCCAUAGCUGUACCUGCUCCGUGGUCCUAAUCAAUAAUGCCUGCCCUGGCGGCUGAGGACCAUGAUUCCUUUGGCCUCAGACUUGUCAGUGUGAAGUUGAGCACCAGCCCAGAUUUAUUCGGGAGGAAAUCUACAGUCGGCCUCCACCUAGACUGUGACUCUAGGCUCCACCUGCUGGUGCUCUUGGGCUUGCUGAAACUAACCAACUCAUCCCCAGUAACACUGCAUGUCCAUAUCCGCAAACAACAACAACAGUACAUAAGCAAGCGCAGGGAAAGAGAGAGAAAGAAGACACAUCCAACAUCUAGAUGUGUAGUCAGUGAGGGAACCCCUGGGAACAUUGCAAGCUAAGCUGAUUUCAAAACGUUUAGUAUUUAAAUUACUUCUCAUGUAACAUUACUCUGCUUCAGAAAUGUUUUGUAUUUUGAUAUAAAUAAAAAUUUGCUUAAAAAGUU